GGAAGUGAUUUCUAAGUCUCUCCCACUUCUGUCCCAGGAACUUGGUCUACGGGUGGGGGGCAAAGUAGGGGAUCCACGCCCGGGUCCUGGGUUGGAAACAUCUCCCUCCCUGACUGCCAGAUCGAAGUUAGCGCCUUGCACUCGGCGGGCCUCAGUUUCCCUACCCAGCCGCCCCGCCAGGCGCCGGGACGCCGAGGGCCGGGGUCCCAGGGGCGCAGCCCCCCGCGGCUGCGCGCUGGGCCGGGCGGAUGACAUCACCGGGCCGGGGGCGGGGAGGGAGCGGGAGGGAGAGAGAGGGCCUCCUCCGCGUCAGGCUCAGCGCCCGGUCGGGCUCGGUCCGGCGGCCGCGGCCAUGACGCAGGGUCCCGGCGGGCGCGCGCCCCCCGCGCCUCCAGCGCCCCCGGAGCCCGAGGCGCCCACCACCUUCUGCGCGCUGCUGCCGCGCAUGCCACAGUGGAAGUUCGCGGCUCCGGCCGGUUUCCUGGGCCGCGGCCCGGCAGCGGCGCGGGCGGCGGGGGGCGCAGGAGCUGCCGGGGGCGCCGAUCCCCCGGCGGAACCCGCCGGCCCGGCUAGCGUCCCCGGGCUGGCGGCCGCGGUCCUGGGCGCCUGCGAGCCGCGCUGCUCCGCGCCCUGCCCCCUGCCGACUCUCAGCCGCUGCCGGACUGCCGGGACGCGGGGGUCGCGGGGCGCGCGGGGGACGGCUGGGGCCCCAGACGCCGCCGCCGACGAGUGGAUCCGCAAAGGAAGCUUCAUCCACAAGCCAGCGCACGGCUGGCUACACCCAGACGCCAGGGUCCUGGGGCCCGGGGUCUCCUACAUCGUUCGGUACAUGGGCUGCAUCGAGGUGCUACGCUCCAUGCGAUCCCUGGACUUCAAUACUCGCACCCAGGUCACCAGGGAGGCCAUCAACCGACUCCAUGAGGCUGUGCCUGGAGUCCGGGGCUCCUGGAAGAGGAAGGCCCCCAACAAGGCGCUGGCCUCCAUCCUGGGCAAGAGCAACCUGCGCUUCGCUGGCAUGAGCAUUGCCGUCAGCAUCUCGACUGAUGGCCUCAACCUCUCUGUGCCUGCCACACGCCAGAUCAUCGCCAACCACCACAUGCAGUCCAUUUCCUUCGCGUCGGGUGGCGACACGGACAUGACAGAUUAUGUGGCCUAUGUCGCCAAGGACCCCAUCAACCAGAGAGCCUGCCACAUCCUGGAGUGCUGCGAGGGCCUCGCCCAGAGCGUCAUCAGCACUGUGGGCCAAGCCUUCGAGCUGCGCUUCAAACAGUACCUGCACAGCCCCCCCAAGGUGGUCGUCCCCCCUGAAAGGCUGACCGGGCUGGAGGAGUCGGCCUGGGGGGAUGAGGAGGACAUGGAACACAAUUACUACAAUAGCAUCCCAGGGAAGGAGCCGCCCCUGGGAGGACUGGUGGACUCCAGGCUCACCUUGACACAGCCCUGUGCCCUCGGGGCCCUCGGAGCUGUCAGCCAGGGAGCAUCUCCUCCUCGAAGAGACACCCAUGGCCUGCACUGGGAGCUGGGCCCCUCAGCCCCGCCAGGGGAUGGCUACGUGCAGGCAGAUGCCCAGGGGCCCCGAGACUACGAGGACCACCUGUACGUCAACACGCAGGGCCUGGACGCCUCAGAGCCUCUGCAGCCCGAGGACAGCCCUAAGAAGGACCUGUUUGACAUGCGACCCUUCGAGGAUGCGCUGAAGCUGCACGAGUGCUCCGCGGCCGCGGGCGCAGCAGCCUCCCUUCCCUUGGAGGACCAGUGGCCCAGCCCCCCGACCCGCAGGGCCCCCAUUGCCCCCACCGAGGAGCAGCUGCGGCAGGAGCCCUGGUACCACGGCCAGAUGAGCCGCCGGGCGGCGGAGAAACUGCUGCGAGCCGACGGGGACUUCCUCGUGCGCGACAGCGUCACCAACCCCGGGCAGUACGUGCUCACAGGCAUGCACGCGGGGCAGCCCAAGCACCUGCUUCUUGUGGACCCCGAGGGCGUGGUUCGGACGAAGGAUGUGCUGUUUGAGAGCAUCAGCCACCUGAUCGACUACCACCUGCAGAAUGGGCAGCCCAUUGUAGCUGCUGAGAGCGAGCUGCACCUGCGAGGUGUGGUCAAGCGGGAGCCCUGAGCCAGGUGAUGGUUCCCGCCUCGGGCUCCUGUCCCUGCUCCCCAGGUGUCCCUGUUGUGGCCUUACAGCCUUUCCCUGGACCCUGGUCAGGCUGAACCGCUGCAGUCUCUCUUUCCUCCACGUGGGCCUUGAAUCUCUCUUCUCCAGCCCACUCUUUGCUGGGCCAGGUCAACCAUGCCAGGAGAUGGGGGCCCAAGACCCCCCUCUCUCUCACCGAGCCCCCUGCCUCCUCUCUUCUGCCUGGAGUGAGGGUGUACAUACCAAAGACAGAACCGUUUCUCGCCUUUAACGAAAAUAUAUAAAAGAAAUCCCUCGGUGUCCUGGUGCGGUCCUGGUGGGGUAGGGAGACACAGUCUCUUUUCCUGGCUGGACUUCAGCUCAUCUCCCUGGGAGGGGAAGGUUCCCAGGUCCCUGGCCUGGAGCUGGAGUCCUGUUCUGGCCCAACUCAGUGUUUUCACCUGAAAAAUGGGUGCACAGUUUUUGAGGGAGAAUUGAGGUGCUUUGGGUCCUCAGGCCAGGACACACGCUGAUGUUGAAGUGGGGGGCAGUCUUGGGGGUAUUGACCUGCACUGGACAUUUCGAAUCUGUUUGUAAUUAAACUUGGGAAUGACCAUGA